CCCUCCUCAUCCCUUCUCUACUCCAUUAUCCACACAACUUGCAACUCUUCCCGGAUCCCCAACGCCAUACCUCAGAUCUGUACGUCGUCGUUUCUAUCUACCUCUUACCGUUUCCGUUCAGGAUUAAUAAUUUAGAUCCCCUGAUGUUGCAACAGAACAAGGAAUCUUCUUAGAUUCUUUUUCUGCGUUUAUUAGCGUUUCACAAAUAGAGAGAGAGAAACAGAAACAGAAACAGAAGAAGAAACUUUUCUUAUUUAUAUACAGUCUCUGAUUGAUCGGUUUUUCGGAAACUCUUUUUCCGUGAAAUCCACGCGCGCGCUUCGGUUAUGGAUUUGGACGAUUUCCGAUCCGUAUUGGACACCGCGGGCGUCGACGUGUGGAUGUUCAUCGACGCCGCAAUCGCCGUCGCCUCCGCGGAUUCCGCCGGUGAGCUGAAGCGCCGCCGCGACGGAAUCGUCGAGCGCCUCUACGCCGCCACGGCGGCUACUCCGAAGUGCCGGAUUUGCGACGACGGAGGCAAUGACCUCAACGGUCACCAAAUCAAGAAGCAGAGCAGCCCCAGCCCUGAACGGCAACCGCACCAACGCCGCGCCGCUGCCAUCGCAGCUGCCGCUUCCCCGGCGACGCCGCAGUCUCUCGAAAACGACAACGACGGCGAGGAGGAUUUAGAUCCUUACGGUGGUUUGUUCGACGACGAACAGAAGAAGAUUCUCGAGAUUAAAGAGCAACUCGAAGAGCCUGACCAGUCUGAAGAUUCUUUGGUGGAGUUGCUGCAAAGCCUAGCGGACAUGGAUAUUACAUUCCAAGCGUUGAAGGAAACUGACAUCGGGAGGCACGUGAAUCGGUUACGGAAACAUCCUUCAAACGACGUACGGCGAUUGGUGAAGUUGCUUGUCAGGAAGUGGAAGGAAAUUGUUGAUGAAUGGGUGAAGUUGAAUCCUCAGGGAAGAAGCAACACUCUGAUGGCUGAUGGAGACUCGCCGCCUGUGCAGAAAACCACCCAAAAUGGGCAUCAUCAUCAGCAGGUUGAGAUUCCUGAUUUUGCAUACUCUCCCAAUCCACACAAUGGUAGCUCAGGGUCUGACCGUAACAACUCAGAAGCAGAACACAAACCCAAAGUAGUUCCCCGCAGUGAACCUAGGCCAAAACCCGCGCCAUCACCCUCAGUUUCAACCCCUGCUUCCGCUACUCAAAACAGACAGAGGGAUAGCAAUUUUGACGCGGAGAGGCUUGCUUCCGCGAGAAGGAGGCUUCAAGAGAACUACAAAGAGGCUGAAAUUGCCAAAAGGCAAAGAACGAUUCAGGUGAUGGACAUCCAUGAGUUACCGAAGUCAAAACCCAAGAAUAAUGCCUUCUUUGGGAAGAACAAAGGUGGUGGUGGUGGUGGUGGUUCUCAGGGAAGGCACUGGUGAUGGUGAUUACUAUUAUGAUGAUGCAUGUUUUUCCAUUGUUGGUGCCAUUUUGCGUGUAAAAAAGCCUUGUGGGAGGGGUGCGGAUAUAAGUCAAGUCCCAAACCCUGUUCAUCAUCCCUGUGGAAUUUUUCUCCAUAAACCUUUUUUUUUUCCUUGUGGUUUUUAUUUAAAUUAAUAAAUAAGCGAAGAAAAGAACUCCUCAAUAUAAUUUUCUUUUCUUCUUGAAAGGGUACCCAUCGAACCCGCGUUUGUCGGUUUGUUGAGGAGCACGUGAUUUCAGGAAACAGGAUAGGGAUGGGACGGAAGGGUUAGGGCUAAAAAAGGUUUUCCCUUAUGGAUAAAAAGAUCGUUUUUUUUUUAGGGUGAAGUUUGAAUUCUGGUA